AUGUCGGACGAUGCCAGUGAGUUCUACUCUGCAUGUGACUGCUGCAGGACCAGAAAGUAUAAGUGCACCAAGGAGAAACCGACGUGCGCUCCUUGCUUGCAGCUUGAUUUGGAAUGCAACUACAGUCGGAAAGCUUCUCGCACGCCAUUGACGCGGAAUAACCUGACGGCUGCUGAAGAUCGAGUUCGAGAUCUAGAGACCACGAUCAAGGCCCUGUUUCCCGGUGUGGAUAUUGAGACGGUUUUAUCGUCGACUAUCCGGCCGUCAGAGAAUGCUUCUGUGAAGACCAAUGUUGCGGCUUCACCGAGCAGCAAAUUGUCACCCUCAUCAAGAGAAGCCAGUCACGAAGCCGAGGCAACUUCCGAAAGUUUACCACAGGCAGCUGAUGGCUUCGAUUGGACAGAGAAUGCUGUCAGUCUGAAUGAGCUAGCUGAUGGAAUGGCAGCCCUAUCAGUCAAUCCUGAAGGUGCAGGGUAUCUAGGGGCUACUUCGAGCGUUGUUCCUCUACGAGCUCUACUCAGUCGAGAGCGAGACGGAGAUCAACAAGCUUUCAGUUCUCCCAGCUGGCAUUCCCAAUCCAUGUUUUCAGAUCUAUUCCCCAUGAGUUUGCCCUUCUCGAAUAUUUCAGAAAAUACCUUCGUGGAUGCAUACUUCAGAUACUAUCACACCACAUAUCCCUUCCUUCACGAGCCACUGUUCCGUGCUCAGCUUCAAGGCAAGAGUCCUCGGCCUGAAGGAAAUUCGUGGACAAUCCUGUACAACGCUGUUCUUGCACUCGGAGCAUGGUGCAUUGGCGACGAUGAAUCUGUCAUGGAUGACUUCUUCUACCGAAAGGUGGCCCGAAUCUCAGAAGAGAGUUCAAUCUUUGAGAGUGGCAAUCUAGCCAUGGUCCAGGCACUGCUCCUGCUGAGCAACUACGCUCAAAAACGAAACCGGCCAAAUACAGGCUGGAACUACCUUGGACUUGCGGUACGAAUGGCUCUCAGCCUUGGUCUGCACAAAGAAUUUCCGAAUUGGGAAAUCACACAUCUCCAGCGAGAGAUGCGACGAAGAGUCUGGUGGGGAUUGUUCGUAUUCGAUAGCGGGGCAUCAAUCACCUUCGGUCGCCCUGUUUUGUUACCAGAGAGAGGUAUCAUGGACGCCAGCCCAGUUCUAAAUAUUCACGAAGAGUCUUUAACGUCACAUACAAACAUACUACCCGAUGAGCUUCCGUAUCCCACAGCCUACACAGGUCUAAUAUCACAGUCUCUGUUUCACCUCGAAACCAACAGUCUCCACCACCGACUAAUUUCAACCCCUUACCCACUACCUGAGGAGCUCUUGAGUCUCAACCAGAUCAUCGAAACUUGGGAGAACUCAAUCCCGCCGUACUUCCAGCUCGACUCUCCUAUCAUACACGCCAGCGAAGCAUUUCUCUUUGCUCGCUAUCGUCUGGAUUGGCGAAGCUGGAACCUCCAAAUCAUCCUCUUCCGUCCCGUGGUCCUCCAACUGGCAGGCCGGAGAAAGCAAGCCGAGCUGAGCGCCGUCCCUGAGACAAGCGAAGAGCUCGCAUGCCGCGAAAAGUGCAUCCAGAGUGCGAGAGCAACCAUAAACUCCAUCUCUGACUUCGUCGCCACCGGCAUGGUCUCAAGACUGAGUACUUGGUACAUGCUCUACUUCCUCUUCCAAGCCGGACUCGUGCCUAUCAUCUGUCUCCUCACCGACCCAACACAUCCCGAUUCGAUCCUUUGGCUGAACGACAUCCGCACCACCAGGGAUCUACUCAGUCGCACAGCCCUUACAAAUCGACUAGCUGAACGCUGUCUCAGCGUCUUCAAUCGUCUUUCGCCUGCGCUGGAUAGUGGUCUGUCUGAGGAUUUGGGUCUCGGAAUGUGGGAGGGGAAUUUCGCUGAUGAGUUUCUGAAUGAUCAAUUUGGUGGGGACAUGGGAGCUUGGGAUUGGGAAAAUGGAGAGAUUAACUGGACGAUGUAA